AUUUCAGUCAAAAAACAUGUCACCUUCCUGCGUGUGGAAACGAUUACAUUCGCAGAAAGUGGUCUCCUGAUAUUAUAUAAGUAACCCAGGCAAAGGACCUUUCACGAGAAGUCUCCCGUCAAAAUCGGUAAUAGCUGAAGAUGGCAACGUGCAUGUCCUUCAUCGUUUUGUUGUCUGUGUCAGCCUUAACAUUUAUCAAUGGUCUUCCAUAUGGCCGCAUGGGUAUGCUGGUGCUUCCAAUAGGCAAUAAUGCUGAGGAACCAACUCAACCUAUGAUGAUCAUACCAUUCCAAAUGGGCCAACAAGCAAUGAUGCCCAUGAUGCCUAGGCCCAUGAUGAUGAACAUGAUGCCAAUGAUGAAUAAUAAUGCUAACUCAAAUUCCAUGAUGUCCAACAAUAGAAUGGAGAGACCAGAAAUCAAGACAGAUGCUGCAGGAAGAAAAACCCUGGAAUUUUGAAGAUAAAAAAGACUGUGUAACAGAGUUCUAUUUCACCGGAAGUGACAUUAAAAUAUUAUCUGUC